AUGAGACUGGCAUUCGAUGACACGUCCAGGCGAUGCAAAGGAAACGAUCGAGUAUGGCCAGUCUUCUACACGAAUUUCCUGGUACGCUGCCUCGUCGAUUCGAUCGCCGUGUCCACGAGGGACUCUUCGACCCUAACUUCGAUCAUUCUCGAUGGAAUUCCGCUGGCGUCGAAGUACCUGAACAUCCUGUGCUCUGGUUUGAACAACAACGAGAAGCUGAUGAAUUUAUCGUUGACGCAAUGUCUCAUAGGUGACGUUGGUUGCGAUUUGCUGUUGGGAUCCUUGAGGAACAAUCCGAAGAUUCGGGUUUUAAAUUUGUCGUCCUGUCGGCUGUCGAACAGAAGCGCCGCGUGUUUGUCGGUGUUCUUGAAGAGGAGAAAGGCUGACGUGUUGCAGAAUGUUUGGGAUCAAUUUUCAUUGCAAUCUUACGAAGAAAAUUCGGAGAAAAUGCCACAAGGACUGCACACGCUGAUUUUGAAUAGGAAUCCAAAAUUGGGAGAUCACGGAGUGAGACAAUUGAUGUGCGCUUUGAAGGCCGACGUUUGGCUGAGAUCGUUGAGCUUGAGACACUGUGGGAUCACCAAGCAUGGAGCAGAGAUCGUGAUUAAAUUGUUGCAAACGAACAAUGUGAUUACGAAGUUGGAUCUCACGGAGAAUCAUAUACCGAUUAAUACUCUUCAAACGAUACUGAGGAUAACGAAGAGAAGACGAGACGUGGCGGAAGCUAUGGUGCUGAAGAAGAGAUUUCGUGUGGAUCGAAGACGAAACGCGUCUGAAAAUGAUAUUCGUGGAUCUACGAAGAAGGAUGAGAAAUGUUUUUUAAAUCGAACAGAGCGGUUCGGCAAAUACUCGCUGCACAAAUGUCGCCGGAGAAGAAGGACGCAGAAGAAGGCCAAGCCGACCAAAGAGACACGGAGUAUCAAAGACGAGGAUUCUUAUCGAAGAAAGAAACUCUGUGACCUGGAAUCGCAGUUACUGAACCUAAUCGAGUCCAACUGCAAGUUGAAAGAAGAAUUAAGAGGCAACGAAACGUUGCUGAACGAGGAAGCAGAGCAAAGGACGAGAAUGGAGGAUGAUUUGCAGAAAGCUUCGCUUCGGUUGAACGAUUUGAGGAGCAAAGUCAUCAUGUUGAAUUGUCUCUCCACAAAGGCUUGCGGUGAAAGUCGAUUGUUGAAGGGCCUUAAGUACGUCUUCGACAAAUUGGAAUCGUUCUCGAUAUCGAAACAGAACGGUCUCGAGGAGAAUGACAUUUUGGACAAUGCCGAGCCGUUAUGGUCGUCACCGUUGGCGCAUCAAAGAGGAGACUGUUUCGCCAGUUGCACGCAUUGUCCUACGUUGAAGAUUGUAACGUUGUGAAUUGUUUUCGACAGAUGGAUUUACCGAUAUUUGUAAAGAUUCUAUUUUAAUAAAAAGA